AUGUUGUCUAACUGGUUCUCGCAACCCCAAGGUAGCGGCCAUUCCUCCGCCGACGAGACGAGGGUCGGCGAUAAUGACGCAGACACCCAAGUCAUGGAGCCUGACCAGGGCAAUGCCUGUCUCGCCACAGAGUCUUGGCUGUUGGCUAACCGGGCCCAACCUAGUCCUGUCACACAUCAUCUCACAAUUGCGACCCGGCGCCGAUCUGAGUCGAGUCGUCCUGCCUACUUUCAUCCUCGAGCCUCGGAGCAUGCUGGAAAGAAUAACCAAGUGCGUGUUUCUGUCCCCGAGGCGGCCGUCGUGUUUUCUCGGCUCCUGCUUACCAACCUGCGCAGCUUCAUGUGCCAUCCCGAACUGCUUCUUCAAAUACCCGAAACAGAUGAUCCUGUCGAGCGCUUCGUCUCGGUUGUCAAGUUUUACCUCAGUGGAUGGCACAUCAGGCCCCCAGGUGCCAAGAAGCCGCUCAAUCCUAUUCUUGGCGAAAUCUUCACUUGUUAUUGGGAGCUCGGAAACAACAAACGGGCAUACUACAUUUCCGAGCAAACAUCGCACCAUCCUCCGAAGUCGAGCUACUUCUACAUGGCUCCAGACUACCACAUUCGAAUCGACGGCACACUGAAGCCGAGGAGCAGAUUUCUAGGCAACUCUGCUGCUAGCCUCAUGGAGGGCGUCGCAUACUUGAGCUUCUUGAACAGACGGGAGAACAAGGAAAUUGGAGAACAAUACAUCUUGACCCAACCAAACAUGUACGCUCGCGGUAUUUUGUUUGGAAAGAUGAAAUAUGAGCUUGGCGAUCACAGUUUUGUACGGUGUCCCGAACUGGGCCUGACUGCGGACAUCGAGUUCAAGACCAAGGGCUGGGUCAGCGGCACCUACAACGCCAUUGGCGGAGUUAUAAAGAGGGAAAGCACCGGCGAGGUUCUUUACGAGCUGUCUGGACUCUGGAGCCACGAGAUGUUCAUCAAGAAUGUGCAGACCGGGCAUAAAGACAUGUUCUUCAACGCGCUCACAUCCAGGCCAAGCUCACCAAAAGUUCGACCGCUGGCUGAGCAGGAAGACCGAGAAUCACAGAAGCUUUGGGCAUUGACCGCCAAGGCUGUCAAGGAGAGAAAUCACGAAGAAGCCACGGAUGAAAAGACCAAGAUCGAGGACAGACAGCGGGAGGAAGCCGCUGCCAGAGCGCAAGACGGCGUCGAUUGGCACCCGCGUUUGUUCCGACGGGUGAAGCCCGGCGAUGGCGUUGGAGAUGAUCUGGAAUGGAUCAUCCAUACUCAUGUAGAUCCCACGGCGUCCCCCGCAGAGCAGACUAAACAGUUAUUGUCCAUCUACCCCGUGAUCGAUGGGCAAAAGCUGAAUGGCGAUCUCGCUAUUCCGCCUCACAAGGAAGCGAAUGGUCACGCGGAGAAGAAAGGCGCGGCAGGUGAUCUAAUUGAUAUUGACGGCGAUGCCCUGCCGGCGGCACAGUCGACAACAAUCAUCAACGAGUCCAGUGAGAUUGAGAAGCUGUUGAAUGCAACGGGAAAGCCGGCAGGAGGGGCAUUAAUCGAUUUCGCCGACGGCAUGAAGAAGGACUUGCCAGCCAUUGGCGAUAAGCCUUAG